AUGGCGGCCUACGGGAGCUGGUUUCGCUCUUCCAUCUGCAGUUUAUUUCUGUACGCGCUAUAUUCGGACCUGGAGCUGGUUCUGACGCAUGACCCGGAGAGCUGCGAGUCUCUGCGGCUGGGACAAUAUUUGUGCAAAGAGCCAAAGAUCAAUGAAGCCACACAGGAGCCGGAGACGUGUAAGGACGCGGUGGCCUGGGUGGAAUGUCUGCCCGCUCCUAACGUCACGUGUCGUUUGUCAAACGGCUCUGAGUUCAGAUUCAGUGGAGACGAAGUCGGAUUCAACAAAACCAUCUCCUGCAGGAAUGUGAGCGGUUACUCGUACAAAGUGGCGGUGGCUCUGUCCCUGUUCCUGGGCUGGCUCGGAGCAGACCGGUUCUACCUGGGGUAUCCUGCUCUGGGUCUGCUGAAGUUCUGCACUGUGGGUUUCUGUGGCAUCGGGACUCUCAUCGAUUUCAUCCUCAUCGCCAUGCAGAUUGUGUAUUGUGUGUCUCAGAUUGUGUGUCGUGUGUCUCAGAUUUUGUGUUGUGUAUUGUGUGUCUUCUCUCAUUGUGUGUCGAUUGUGGGUCCGGCUGACGGCUCUCACUACAUCGUGGAUUAUUAUGGCGCUCGUCUCACUCGACUGUCAAUCACCAACGAGACGUUCAGGAAGCCGCACCUGUCGCUGUGA